GCUAGGACAAUGCGAUUUUUGCUAAGACUUUGAAAGACUCAGGAGUGAACGGUAGCUGUGGAUCUAGCCGAUCGUUGGAAUUUCAUUUUCUGGCAAAACUGAAAGGCUGACUCGUCAACCUCGAAGAUUCAACUCCACAAUCCGCGAAUCUAUCAGACUUUCGGUCGCGCUGACUGGCGGCGGCCGAGCAAUGAGCUCUGUGACCGAUUCCCCUAUCUGUGAGAGAAUUGUGGAAACUCAGAUCUGUUUCAGCUUUUUUGACAGAGCCAAGGCAGCAACGUUUAGGCCGAUCUGAGAGGAGAGAUUUUGAUCGUUCAAUAAAUGAAUGUAAAUUGUGGCUGUGUGUGGACUGAAUCAGCGUGGUUGAAUUAAUUGACUGGGAGAAAGUACAGAGGCCAAAGCUUCCUUCCUCCAAACUGUCUUUUCUUUUAAUCCCCUCGACCCCCUCGACCCCCUCAUCGCUCGUUUAUUCUCCUCUACAACUCUACAACUUUACAGUCAUUCGAAUAAAUUCAAUUGAAUUCAUUAAACAAUCCAACUUUUGUCGGUCGUGAUUCUAUUUGUGCCGCCACUCCCCCUUUCUGUCUCCGCCGUGUCACGAUAAGAGAAGAAAAAAGUGCAAUCACCCCAGAUUUCGCCCAGGACACCUCACUCGACUCACAUCAUAACUAUCUUUUAUUCAAUCAACUCUCCAUGUCUCCUCCAUCAAUGGCUUCUUCGCCCUCUCCUUCAGUCUUUACGUCCUUGUUGCGAUGGCUGCGAUUGAAAAUCUACCAGUACGAGGUAACUUUUGCAUUGUACAUGCUCACGCCAACCGAGAAAUUCAUCUUUAAUUCUCUGGUCCUCGCCUUUCUCUCCCUUUUUAUUACUGCCGCCUACAUCUACCUCCCCGAUCACGUCGCGUCGAUAUACGGACAUGUGCAUUACUAUUUCACUGCCGAUGUCUCUAUGAUCAAAGAAUAUAUUCCUUCCCCGAGCUCCAUUCUACAAGGAUCAUCAGCAGGUCCCGCAACCGGCGCUCUGAAUGUCGUCUACGAAUCAAUCCAAGGUGCCGCCUCGACUGCCGGACUUGAUGAGUUGUGAUUGAUGGUAUUGUGCAAACGAAGAAUAGGGAUUAUGCUCCCUCCGUCAAAGUAUACGGUUCUUUUUAAUUCUUUGGAUAAUUUUUUUUAUCGGUCGCCGGCAAAAAAACAUACUUUGUGAUUUACCCGGCUCUUUUUCUUUCUUCGGCAUCAUAUUGUAUUACUUUAUUCGGCUUUUGCAUUGUUGUCUGAGCAGGGCG